AUGUUUGCCCUGUUGUUCAUGCUGUUUACCACCAUCAUCGCACCACUAAUUCCAACCCUCUCUUCACAACCACCACCACCACAACCCUGUCUAAGCUGUCUUACUCCGCCUCCUCCACCGACAGCGCCAGCACUUGAGUCUCCUCCAAUCCAACAUUUUCCCCCAUUUUCCCCUUUCACUCCAUCACUACAAGAUGACAACAUAUGGUCUUCACCAAGUCCAAGACAUCCAAUAUCUGUGUUGUUCGUGUUGGGGUGUAUCUUGGCUGCUAUAAUAUUAAUUAGCUUAAUCGUAUUGGCGAUUUACAUUCGCCUGCCAAAAGGGCUGAAAGGGGAUAAAGGGGAUCCAGGGAAGCCGGGCCCGAAAGGGGACAAAGGGGACAAUGGGGAGAAAGGGGAGAAAGGGCCAAAAGGGGACAAAGGGGAGAAAGGGGAGAAAGGGCCGAAAGGGGACAAAGGGGAUCCAGGGCCACCAGGGCCGCCACCCUGCCAGUGCUACCAGUACGGAGGAUGUGAAGAAGAAGAUGCUAAGAAGGAGAAGAUGCUAAAAGUAUGCAAGAAUAUUUGA